GGUUAGGGUUGGUUACAGUAUGUUCCAGAAAUUCAAAUUCAAUUCGAAAGCAGGUGCUUCUACAAAUUUUAGAUUUUUGCACUUUGUUGUUAAAGAAAUGCAAGCAAGCUGUUUACUACCGAUGAGAAGUGACGUUUAGUUUGGGCACAGGCUAUGCGUCGUCCUGUGAGCUGGAUCAUCAUAAGCAAGCAACUCUCAAACCAAUUAGGGCAAACAGAUACAGCUAUAGGUUGUCGUGCCAGCUGGACCCUUAACUGCCUGAAAGUGGGCAAUAUCAUCGAAAGAAGGGACUGCCGUUGUCCUCGAACUAUUAGGAGAUACUCAAAGAGGAAGAUGGAGUUGCCAGAGGGUAUUCUAAUUGGUUUCGGUAAUCCGCUCCUGGACAUAACCAGCAUUGUGGAGGACACAAUGCUGCUCGAGAAAUACGAUCUGAAGCCCAAUGCGGCCAUCAUUGCCGAGGAGAAGCACUUGCCGCUUUUCGAGGAGCUGACCAAUCAGGAGAAUGUGCACUAUUCGGCGGGAGGUGCCUGCCAGAAUUCGAUGCGUGUCUUUCAGUGGAUAGUGGGCACACCCUUUCGAGCCCUGUUUUUUGGGGCCGUGGGCCGCGAUAAAUUUGGGGAUACAAUUGCCAAGCGGGCGCUAUUCGAUGGCGUCCAGACGCAUUAUCAGGUCAAGGACGAGGCAUCAACCGGCACCUGUGCGGUUAUCAUAUCGGGUCAAAAUCGUUCCCUGGUCGCAAACUUAGGCGCCGCGGCUUUGUUCAGUGAGGAUUGGCUAGACAUUGAGGAGAACAAGUGUCUGUUUGAGCGUGCCCAGUAUUUCUAUGCGACCGGCUUCAUUGUCGCCGUAAACUCACCCAGCGUACUCCGCAUAGCGAAGCUUUCCAGCGAAACUAAUCGCUGUUUUGUGCUCAAUUUCAGCGCUGUCUUCGUGCUGCAAACGCACAAACAGGAAAUAGACGCAAUUCUGCCAUACACCAAUAUGAUUAUUGGCAACAAGCAGGAGGCCAUAGCCUUUGCCGACACACAUGAAUGGGACACCACGGACAUCUUUGAAAUCGGUAGAAAGCUGCAGAGCCUGCCCAAUGAAAAUAAUCGGCCGCGCAUUGUCAUGAUCACCGAUGCCGUCUGCCCGGUACUCUGCUUCCAGGAGAACGAUAAGGUGCUCGAGUACCCGGUGCCUAAGGUCGACAAGAAAAUAAUCGUGGACACAAACGGCUGCGGCGACGCCUUUGUCGGCGGCUUCCUUUCGCAGCUAGUCCAACACAUGCCCCUUGACUACUGCAUCCGCACAGGCAUCUUUGCCUCGCAGCAGGUCCUGCGCAUAGUCGGCAUCCAAAUCGACAAACUGCCCAAGUUUAGGGAGAGUUGCAUUUAAGAGGCACAUGCUCAUUUUCAACCAAAUUCAAGGGUAUAUUUGUAUCUAUUUUAUAAAUGGGAGCACCAAAAAUUGAAGUUGA